AUGUGGAGUAAUAGCAUGAUACUUAUGCUUCAACUCAUGGGAUACGCCAUCAAAAUGAACACGCAGAUGAUUGUGUAUAUAAUACAUGUGGUUGUUAAUCCGGUGCGGGCAUUUGGGUCUGUUUUCUGUGGAUUCAAAGUGGGCAUAGUCGAUGGGGUAAGAUGUAUGCUAGUUCCUAGGAGUAAGGAGAAGGAAUCCCAGGAGGCUAGGAAGGCAAUUCUUCUGCCAAAGAAUAUGGAAGUACUUUCUGAUAAUCUUUGCUACAAAAAGUAUAUUCCUCAAAAAAUCCAUAAAAGGUUCCUUCAGGGAGACCUUGUGUUGGUCAUAACUGACAUUGUUGACAGUACGAGUCUCUGGAAUUGUUUUCCUGAUGCAAUGCACAGAACAAUUGAGGUACAUGAUGAAGUUGCUAGGGGUUUGUGCAAAGCAUAUGGGGGUCUAGAGGUAAGAAAUGAGGGAGACUCCUUCUUUUUGGUGUUUACGGAUAUUCGAAAUGCGCUUGAUUUCUCUAUAAGGUUUUAUAGGGAGAUCGAGUGCAUUUCUUUUAACUUUAGGCAUGCUUUUACGAAAAGAGUUAGGGAAGGCAAAGAAACAGAGUUUCUUCCCUUAAAGAUUAGAAUGGCAAUGAACAAGGGGCCUAUAAUGCUGUGCCACAAUAAGUUUCUUGAGAUUUAUGGAGAUGCAGUGACCAAGACCUUUGGAAUGUUGAGCCAUUCAAACGGAAAGAUUUGCAUCUCACAAAAUUGUUUGGAGCCAGGUAAUUCAUGGAAUAGAAGAAAACGUCUGUUUUGUAUUCAUAAAUAA